UGAGUUCCAUGGUUUAUGACACUUCAACAAGAAGAAGAAAAACAGGAGUGUGGAUAAGAGGCAUUCAAACACAAAGUCAAUCAAGACCUUCAGAUCUCAAAAUAAUUGAGAAAAAUAGAAGGAUUCAGAUGGAAGAUCUUUACUUAGAACUGAACUCUCUUCUUCCUCAAACUUCUAGGGAGCUACCUCUACCUGAUCAGUUAGAUGAAGCUGCAAACUACAUCAAGGAGCUACAAGUGAACGUGGAGAAAAAUAGAGAAAGGAAGAGGAAGCUUGUUACGACUGCAGCUUUGGACAAAUUGAAUUCCACAGGAUCUUCAUCCAUGUCCUCGAGUGUUGAUGUCUCCGUGCCUAGACGGUUGCCAAGGAUCGAGAUUCAAGAAACCGGUCCGAUUCUUCACAUCUCCCUUGUGACAAGCUUGGAACAUAAGUUUAUGUUCCAUGAGAUCGUUCGUGUUCUCACUGAGGAAUUAGGAGCUGGGCUCACUCAUGCUGGAUACUCAAUUAUUGAUGAUGCCGUCUUCCACAUUUUUGAUUGCAAGGUGGAAGAUUGUGAUUUUGGAGCUACUAGUAGAAUUUCUGAGAAUCUCAAGAAACUUGUGAACAGUGUCAACUAAUAGUCUCCCUAAUGUGUACCCUUUUACAGCUUUUUCUGUUUUCGUUCUAUUUUAUUGUUCCUUUUGUUGAAUUUAUCUUGUAAUGUGAAAAUGAUGUUUCAUAUGGUGAUAUGAGCAUACUAUAUAUAUUUUAUAUGAUUUGUGUACAAUUUACA